AAAAACGCUCUUGGCGACGUUCCGGCCCGGGCUCGCUGGGGCCUGCGGUACGCCCCGACCGCGACCUUUCCGAACGGCGCAAACAUGGGCGCUAGUCCACUCGAAAGCAAGACUCAACGGUCGUAUCCCACGAGCCACGAUCGCAUCGCGAGGCCUAGCAGGCUAACCGGAGAAACGUCGUCUGCAAGCCGAAAUGUCGUCUGUUCAGCGUAGUGGCCGCGGCUGUGGCGUUCGCCCGCUUCGACCGGGUUUUGCUUUUCCUAUUUUGCCGCCGUCUCCGCAACGUCGCGGAGGAUCUUGUUAAUUAUGGACUCAUCGAGCAGCCAUGAACUACAGCAACCAAACACAGAUGUUGAAAUCAAGCAGGAACCAGUCUCACCACCCGGCUCCGACAUAGAAGAGGAGGAAUAUGUGACACCAGACUUGUACAGGGGCCCACAUUUCCCACAUCUUACUGUAAAGAAGGAGGAACCCACCUCGUCGCCAGAAGCUUCACCGAGGAGGUCACCAGCCUUCGAAGAUCAAGAUGCUGGUGACCAUGCAGCAACGCUUGCCCACCGAACACCGAAGAGGAACACAUCGCCACCACCAGCUUCAGCUUCCAACGAUGUCGGCGGCAGCCGCGACCAGACGGAGUCGGAGUCUGAAGAUGGACGUGGUGGUGCUGUGCCGCUACAAGUGUGCCUUGAAGUUGGCGAGACCGCAGGACCCUGGGUCAACAAUCACGCAAGCUCUGGCAGCGACUCGUUGGUGGACAAAAACAACAAUGGCAGUGGUGGCAGCAGCAGUGAUGGGAGGACUACAAAGAGCCAACCCCUUCUGUCGGCAGCGGCCAUCAAGAGCGGCCGUCGCACGCCACUGCAGUGUCCGCUGUGCCCGUACACAACCCACAAUGCAACCACCAUGCGCGAGCACCUGCCCGUGCACACGGGCGAGCGGCCAUUUUGCUGUCCCAUGUGUGGCAAGCGCUUCUCCCGCAAGAAGUACUUUCGGGUGCACCUGCGCCUGCACGACAAGAAGGGAGACAAUGGCGUUUUCGGUGCCAGCGGCGACGGCAGCAGCACGCCGAGUGACUCGGCGACUCCAGCCAAGACAUCUCACGAGUGCGAGGUGUGCGGCGAGACCUUCACGCAGCGCCAGCACCUGCAGAAGCAUGCGCAGGCAGCACACGCGGUUGACGGGGCGGCGGGUGGUGGCAGCUCGGACGGCAGCAACGGCAGCAGCAACGCGUGCCCCAAGUGCAACAAGAGCUACAAGUACCCAGGGAACCUGCGGACGCACAUGCGCAUACACACAGGGGAGCGUCCCUACAUGUGCGACGUGUGCGGCCUCCGUUUCACCUGCUCCAGCUACCUGCAGGUUCACUUGCGGACGCACGUGCAGGAGAAGCCAUAUGCAUGCCCGCAGUGCAGCAAGACCUUCGUGCACAACUCGGCGCUGACGGUGCACCUGCGCACGCAUACGGGCGAACGCCCCUACCAGUGCCCCCACUGCCCGCUGCGCUUCAGCCACCUGCGCAACAUGAAGCGCCACGAGAUCUGCAUUCACACCCACGAGUACCCACACAUCUGCACGCUGUGCCAACGCGGGUUCCUCGUCGUCACCCAGUGGCAGCAGCACGUCCGCUCGCAGCACGGCCUCGAGUACAGCGACCCGCGCGACAUGCAAGACGACUUUGUGCCUCGGCACGGCCGGAGACCGGGAGCCAUUGCGAGAGCUGCAGUCACCAUCAAACCAAGAGACAGUAGUCUACCAGGCGACACAGUAGCACCAUCAACUGUACCUGGGACCUGAAAAAAAAAUGCGAUGAUCGACUGGAUAUCUGGCAGGCCCUCCACAACAAACGGUGAUACUGCACAUCGUUGAGCUAUGGACUUGCUACGUCGCUGUUACUCAUUAACUCCGUGACUGAUAUUCACUUUGCAGUUGCCUUGCUGCAGUCACGGAACCGUUGUUGCAGAAAACUUGUCGGGGAGUUGGGCAUUAUAUUCCACAGACAUUCUGUUGGAUUCAAUGUUGAAAACCAGUUUUGUUAUAACUUUUUGCUGGUUUGUCGCACUAUAGCGCAAGUGAGUAUCUGCCAAGUGUUAUUUUGUUUGUUUUGGUUUGUUUUGUUUGUCACGCCAAAACAGCACAGCUCAGCAUCAGUUAGUUUAGGUGAGCUUGUGUAAAUCAUUGUGCUGUUAUAGUCAUAGAGUGCAAACAUGCCAUUAAGAAUAGAGUAUUAAAAGUUUAAUUAAUGUUCCUAUAGCCAUGUUACCUGUUGAGAACCAAAGUUCAACUGGCCUUAUGAUCAGGCUUGAGGGUACAUUGAACUAGUCUUUUAGCAAAGGUAUUUUGUCAGAAAGUUCAUUCAACCAUCCUGUCCGAUAUAAAUUAAAGUUUGGGACUUGACUGCAUUUUAACUAGUCUGACAACAUACUAUUUUAUCAUGGACUUCAAAUAUUUUGUCCUAACAGAAUAUUCAUUAUUGUCCAGCUAGAUUAGAGAGGCAUAUUCACAUACACCUAGCCUGCUGAGAAUCAAAGCUGGCCCGGCCUAUGGGCCAGCGUGAGAGUUUUGCAGCGUCAUAGCUAGUCUCGCUAAACUGUUUUUUGAUAAAGUCAAGCUUACUGGCAAUGCAAUGUAAACGAAACUUGUCACUGUUCGACUGCUCUGCCUAUGAGAUAGCCACUUGUCUCACAAAUUUUAAAUUUAAUAUCACUAGCGCCUUUUGUCGCGUAAAAGAAGGCAAUGAAGGUUAGCUGACGUUAGUUUAGGAAGCCACAUAAUCGUUACGCACAACUAAACCAGUAGAUUGUAGAAAUUAGUAAGCACAAAAAACGCAUGACGUCUUGUUUGGAAGCAGUCGUAGGAAUUUCGUGUCAUGCUCACUUUUUGCACGGAAAUUUUUUUUCUGGUGUGUCAGGCCUUUCAUCAUGCUACAGAUAAUGCUAGUGUCAGUAAUUCCAGCUACAUAUAAUCCGCUACACUAGUUCAACUUUGUACUUACAUUUAGUGUUCCUCGGAAGUGCAAACCUGAACGUAUAAUUUCAUGAAUGUACUACCGUAUCGAACGUUUAACUCUGUCCUCACAGAUAUGUCUAUUCCGGGAUUAAUUUAGUCAGUACUGCGUAGCAUUUUCAUCACUUUGACGACGCGUAGAAAAAGCAGUAGCGCUCUCGUUCUUUAAAUAGCUGUGGAGCUUUCAGCACUUACAGUACUGCUACUACGCAAACUAUAAACACUUCCUGUCACUCCAGGACUUGCCAUAACGCUUUUUACAAAUAUCGUACAAGAAAGAAAGGGAAGAGUUGACCUUUGUGAAGUGUAGAGUACAAAAAAAGAAGGAAAAACCGCCUUGAAGUGUACAAAGAAACGUUAUCCCCGAUGGGCCGGGGUGAGAUUGCAGAAGCACAACCUCUCUUGCCGUCUCGUGAUUCAUCAGGCGCUAUGCUUUUCGUCACCAGCUGUCAGCAAGGCAGGACGGAAACGUGCUACUACACGAUGAAUCUAGAAACAGCAAGCGAAUGUUCAGAAAGUGAAAAGUUUGCUUUAUCUCACCCCUUUUUCGGGAUUUCAACUGCAGAAGUGUUUAAGUGCGAGUCACCAAACACUGCAGUGUAAGGAUUUGUUACAGCAGACAAUGUGGUUACAGUACAGCUAGCAGUAAAGGCAAAUUGCUAUUGAGUACAAACAGUUGAGAUUCAUGCGUGCAAAUGGAUGAGAAUCACACAGGUGUGGUAAUAUGAACCAUCUCAAGAUCAGGCUCAUAGAAUACCAUACUAUAAAUGCUAUUAAGAAUUACUGUAUUUCAGAACAAUACAAGCUAAAACUAUUCUUACCCUGUGAGGUAAUUAUCAGCCAUUCACACUCCUAAUCCUCAAAGCUAUUAUGAUAGAACCACAUCCACUAGGGUAAAUGAACAAUGUGGCAGACACAAUAUGCCUUGCCUUUUAGCGCCGCUCUAAAGCUUCAUGGCCCUGAGGUCCCAGGUCUUCAAAGUGUUGUCAUUCCACAGUCAGCAUCAAAUGUUUACAGAUCGCAAGGCUCCAGGAAGAAGCCGAUUAUUUCAACAGCCUGGCUCUAUGCUUACUGGUCUGUACUAGUAGUAUGUCGACCCUCAAUGUAACAAAUGUGGAUAUAAUGAAUUACGUGAUAUAAGAAAGUAAAUCUAAGAUAGUUCCUCCCCAUAUUGGUGUAACCAUUGUCACGUCGGCUGUGGCUUUGCUAUAGCGACAUUUGACUGUGUACAUGUAAAAAACUUAAGGUUGAACAGUUGUACUGGCUGCUUGAAAAGUCGGCUUUUUCCGUAAAUCUCUGAUCUUGGUCCUACCCCUGCCCAAAAUGUUCAUACCACUGUCAGCGCAUUAUGCUGUGUUACGAGAAUGUUUUUCAGCGAACCAACUGGUUUACGAAUGUUGAAGAAAAGUGCAAAGAAGUCCGUUGUUGCUUGUUGUUGGAAAAUAGACCACCGGAGGAUGUUCAGUCACAGCAGUACAAAUGUUACACCUGCAAUUUCGAUACCUGGCACCGUUUGUAAAGUUGGACUACAGGUUUGCAAACGUCGGCAUUUCUUUUAAAUACGACUCGCUACUUUUCUUAUAAAUGUACACAGAAAAUUUUCCUUUCAUUUUGAGAAAACUUUUGUCUUUUAACUCCACUAAUUGUUUCUUUUUGCAACCUCCAAAAAUAUCAUGAUGAAAAUGCAGCCACUGAAAUCUUUGAAAUCUGUGUACUUGGUUAGACCAUGCUUCUUGCAUAUGCUUGUAAUGUAUUUUUACCCUUUUUUGAUGGCGAUUACAUAUGUUGUCUAGUCUGUAAAGUUUUCGAUUGUGACUGUUAUCGCUACUCGCAAAGGAAAGCCGCAAAUGUGACCAUUGCCUAAAAUAUGUUAUGGUAUGAAACACUGUUGCAUGUUUGUACAAAGCAUCUGCUUGCAGAUAGGAUGUUAAUUACUGCGAGAGAGAUGGGAAAUCAUUCUCAUUUGAUAAAGUUUAAAGCAUUUGAGCUUUGCAUCAAGUUAAAGUUGCAAAAUCUCUCUGCCGUCAAACAGCAGUACAACUGACCAUGGCGUCUCAAAGUACCACAUACAGCAGAAAUUUAAGGAUGCAUUUUAAAAACAGAGCUAGGAAAAUAUAUAGAGUUAUGAAAUGUGUGACCUAUAGUAUCGUUUGAUCUGAAUAGAAUGUGUCAAAUAUUCUUUAUUGUCGAGGUAUGAACCCGAAAAAUGAAAAUAUACAUACUGGGAACAUAUCAAUUACGUUCCGGUGGCACUAACAUGCAAAAAUGAAACGUAAUUACGAGAUAACAAGCUACAGAUUACAUUUUCCUUUCUGCAUGUAGAGGUGUGUUUUGAAACAUUUGAUGAUGUUCCGGUUUUGGCCAAGUGAGACUUGUUAAGCCACAACAAUACACUGCAAUUUUAAGUAACUUAAGUGCAAGAGGCGUUUCACAUUGUUUAUUACGGUUCCUAUUUCACUCUGGCAUGUCAGUGCUGAUACAAACUAGUCAGCAUCAA